AUGUCACGUUCUCGUCUUCCACCCACUCCGGCAAUGUCGGGAGAGUUGAUAGUCAAGGACCAAGUGUCCGUGGAUGCUGUCGACUCAUUUGCAUUGCCGCCAGCUGCUAUGAGUCCGGCCAAGAUGGAAAGUGCCAGUCGCAGGUCAUCGAAGUCGGACCAGUCGGCUUAUUUUCCUGCUUCCCCAACUUCCCCAAAUCUCAAUAUGGGACGCGGUGCGAAUCCUCCCCGUCAAACGGGUAUCAAACGACCACUAGAAGACUUUGAUCUCCCACCCCCUCCCACUCGCACCCGCAAAAUCAUCCAAAUGAAGCCCAAGACACAGACUCAAAGUCAAGCCAAGCCAGCACCCACAACUAAUAAGCCCUCCAAGGAAAGUGGCAAAAGCACCUCAAACAAUAACAAUGUGUCCCCUGCCACUUCCAAGAAGAAACAGCCUAGUGCUACGAGCGCUGCCGGUCGAAAGAUUGCUCGCAAGACGGCACAUAGCUUGAUUGAACGGCGAAGGAGGUCCAAGAUGAAUGAAGAAUUUGCAACCUUGAAAGAUAUGAUCCCAGCUUGUAGAGGUCAGGACAUGCACAAGCUUGCCAUUCUGCAGUCGUAUCCCCUCAACAAGCACAGCUAUAGAUUUCUCUUCGAUCCUGCCGAGUCCAGCGUUGGGUCCGACUCACCCUUGCGACAGCACUCUACGGUCGUCCCGUGGAUCCUGGGCAGCAACGUCAACCAACCCCUCGCCGGUGCUCCAACCACAGAUUCGUCAUGCGUCUUCAGCAGAGAUGGACCAUGA